AUGAGUGUUUACUCCAAGAUUCAGAAGAAGAAGAUAUCGAUAGAAACUCUAUUCCAAUUACUCAUGUUAGCAUAUGGCGUAGGAGCUGAUGCUAUUGAUGAUUAUGUGCGCAUAGGUGAGAGCACUACAAUUGAAUGCUUGGAAAAAUUUGUUGAAGGUGUCAUUUCGGUGUUCGAGGAUGAAUACUUGCGAAAACCCAAACCAAAUAACGUACAACGCCUGCUACAAAUGGCGGAGGGUCGUGGCUUCCCUGGCAUGUUGGGUAGUAGUGACUGCAUGCAUUGGCAAUGGAAAAAUUGUCCAAAGGCGUGGAAAGGUAUGUACAUGAGUGGUUAUCGUGGGGUUGCAACUAUAGUACUUGAGGUUGUAGCAUCUUCAGACCUUUGGAUAUGGCAUGCGUUCUUUGGAGUUUCUGGUUCAAAUAACGAUAUCAACGUGUUAGAUCGUUCUCCAGUAUUCGAUGAUAUUCUAAAUGACCAUGCUCCGGAGGUAAAUUUCACUAUUAAUGGUAAUAAUUAUACUAUGGGAUACCAUUUAGCAGAUGGUAUUUAUCUUGAAUGGGCCACAUUUGUCAAAUCAAUCUCAAAGCCACAAGGGGAGAAAUGCAAGUUAUUUGCACAAUACCAAGAAGGGCAAAGAAAAGAUGUGGAGCGAGCAUUCGGAGUGUUGCAAGCACGCUUUGCAAUUAUACGUGGUCUAGCUCAUUUUUGGGAAAAGAAGAAGCUUGCCAACAUAAUGAAAGCUUGUAUUAUAUUGCAUAAUAUGAUUGUUGAGGAUGAAAGAGACACUUAUGCAGGAAAUUUUGCUCAGGGCUUGGUCUUGUCGUCAACUAUAAAGCUUAAUUAUGUUUUUCUUUGUAUUAAGUAA